AUGGCUCAGUCAGACUCCUGCCCAAACCCAGACCUGUCAAAUAGCUCCAUUGUCCUCAGCCCACUAGGUAUGUGUUCAGACCUGGAUACCCAGAGAGGAAGAGAGGAUGAGGAGGAAGAAGAAGAAGAAGAUGAGGAGGUGGAACUAGCCGAGGAAGUGGGGGAGGAUGUUUUGAUGAUGGCUGGAGCAGGAGAGAGGCAAGCCGUGGGAGAAAGCAGAGAGCAGAGUGAAAGAGGGGAGGUGAGGAUUAUUCAAGUGUUAUCAAAUGGAGUAAUAACAGAGGAGGAGGGAGAAGGUGAAAACCCGGAGGAAAAUGGGGAGGAAGGAGUAGAAGUGGAGGAUGAAGAGCACAAAAUGACAGAUGAACAGACAAGAGAGAAAGAAGGUAAAGCCAAGGCAGAGGAAGUGUCAAAAAACACAAAGGCAGGUGCUGAAAAUCCAUGUCACUUUUUAGCACUGAUAGAGGUUGAGGAAGGUCAAGAGCAGACAUUAGACAGGAAUGAAGAAGAAGAACACCAGUUAGUGUCCAGUACUGAUGAUGAAGAGCAUGUUCAGGGCUCAGGUACUCAUGAAGAAGGGUCAGCAGAGGGUACGCAGUUGUCUACUGAUGACGCAGACAAAACAGAAGUUGUUAUUCUACUCACUGAUGGUGAGGUAACAGGAAGUGUUGAGGAUCAAACAAUAGAUGUGGACCCUGUUACCACGGGAAUGAACAAACAAGUCAACAAUCAAGAUGAUGCAUGCCAAGCCUCAACUGUUGGCAACAGUGGCAUAACCGCUGAUACAGCUAGCACAAUCGAAGUGGUGACAAAUCAGACAAACCAAUUAAUCAGUGAGAAUAAAGAUGAAAUAAAAAAAACUGACAAGACAGACAACUCAGACCACAGAAAACAUGAAGUUGAGUCCAUUAAUAAUAACAGCACAUGGCAACAGGAGGAUUGCUUAGAGGCAAAGGUUGAGGAUAAGACAACUAAGAAGUUUCUACCCUCUGAAGAACAUUCGCAGGCAGAAGGAGGGAUUGAGGAAACAAGUAUGGUAGGGAUCAACCAGAAGGAGCAAGAGGAAGAGCAAGUGCGACAGGUUUGGGUUAAUACUCUAACAGUGAUGGAUAGGGAAGGACAGAGUGUGGAAGAGGAGGGGAAGAAAGGCGAUAACGUUAUUAAAGAGUCAAUGGGUGAGGGAGAGCACAAACUAGAAAGAGAAAUGGAAGAAGAGAAGAUGGUUGAAGUUGAAAUCCCAGCUAAGGUAGAUUUCUUAGACACACAGGAAGAUAAAGAUUUGGACCAGGUGGAGGAAGCUUUUGAACUGGAGGAAACUGAACCUGAUAUGCCAGGAGGUGAGGUCUCAAAGGAGAAUGAGUCUACAGAGAAGCAAGGCAAUUGGCAAGAACAUCCUUCUUCUUUCAAAGAAGCAGAGACAGAUUGGGGAGAAAACUUGAAAGAACAGCAAAGACAGGAGGCAAUUGUAGAAGAUGAGAAAGGAGGAGGAGCAGAAGAACAAGAAAAGGAGGAAGAGGUGGAGAUGGCGGAAGAGCCUGUGACUGUUUUAGAUGAUGAGAUUGAAGAGAUAGAGGAAAGCCCGGGUAGAGAACUUGAAGAACAAAAGCCCACCACCAUAGUGGAGACAAAGGAGGUUAACAAGGUUAAACUUGUCAAGGAGAAUGAUGAGAAACAGAAAGAUGGAAAAGGAAAGGCAGAGAAGGAUGAGAAGCCGAAAGACGACAACAGACAGGUAGAGUUAGAUAUUAAUGGAAAAGUUAAAGUACUCAAGCAAGCAAUGGAGAAUGGGAUCUUGAGUCCUGAGCCACAGCCGCUCAGGAAAGAAGAAUGGGGGACAGCAAGAGUGCUGUCACUUAGGAGAAAAGAUAGUGACUGGAUCAAAAAAAAUCAACCCGAGGAAGAGAGUGCACCAGAAGUGAAAGACUGGAGGAAAGAACUGAAACCUGUGAAAAAAGACACCUGGGAAUCUGAGAGGGGAAGAAAAGAAUGGGUGACGAAGGAAACAUCUCCAGAAGAGAAAAGUCCGCCAAGGAAGGAGGACUGGAUAAAGGAGCUGAAGUCAGUGAUCAAAGACGAUUCCCUGCCCAAAAAGAAGGAUGAGCAGGUGAAGAAAAAGCGAGUGGUGCUGUUGGAGGAUGGCCAUUCGUAUUUCCCCCAGCGGGAGGAGAUGAAUGAAAAGAAAGAGGAGGUGAAAUUGAUCUCCCACAGGAGGGUAGAGAGCCCUUUGCCUCCUGUACGCAGAACAUCCCAAGACCAGGACUAUGAGAUCUCGCUCUAUGUCAAGGCGGGAAGUAAUGGGGAGAGCAUUGGCAACUGUCCGUUUUCUCAGAGACUCUUCAUGAUCCUGUGGCUUAAAGGAGUCGUCUUCAACGUCACCACCGUUGACCUCAAACGGAAGCCGGCUGACCUGCAGGACCUCGCUCCCGGAACCAACCCUCCUUUUGUGACCUUUAACGGCGAGGUAAAGGUUGAUGUCAACAAGAUAGAGGAGUUCCUGGAGGAGAAACUGACCCCACCACGCUACCCCAGACUGGCUCCCAAACAUCGUGAAGCCAACACAGCGGGCAUCGAUGUGUUCGCCAAGUUCUCAGCCUACAUCAAAAACCCACGGAAAGACACCAACGACGCCUUAGAGAAAGCCCUGCUGAAGUCUCUCCGGCGUCUGGAUGACUUCCUGAGGACUCCCUUGCCUGACGAGAUUGAUGCUGACGCAGCAGGAGACCUGCCCGAGUCCUCCAGGAGUUUCCUAGAUGGGUCUGAGCUCACCCUGGCUGACUGCAACCUGCUGCCUAAACUACACAUCCUUAAGGUCGUAGCCAAGAAAUACCGUGGCUUUGAGAUUCCAGCAGAGAUGUCAGGGGUGUGGAGGUAUUUAAACUCCGCCUAUCAGAGGGAGGAGUUCACCAGCACCUGCCCUGCUGAGAGGGAGAUCCAAUUUGCCUAUCUGGAUGUUGCAAAACGAAUCAAAUAAGAGGAAGAGUGGGGAAUGGAGGAAAGAAUGGGGGUAAAUAAAUAACAGAGAGGAGAAAAAUUACUUUAGUAAACCAUGGAGAGAUUUAUCAUGCAUGCCUGUAGGUGGUAGACAAAAAAAGAAAACAUGACGAGAGAGAUGAGAGUCAUGAAGAAGUAAGGGAUGGGGAAAAUGAUAAUGAGGAAAGAAAUCCAACUGGUGGGUGAAUCCUGAUGAAUUUACAUGAAGAUAUAGGGGAGGAGGCUAAAUGAAGAAUAAAAACUCCAGGAUAUAGAUUAGUCCGAUCGAAACUAAUAUUAAAACAUCUAUUAACUCCUUUUCUGCAUCAGCUUGGAAGUGGAACAUUGAUUACGUGUUUGUAUGUGUGUGUGUGUGUGUGUGUGUGUGUGUGUGUACAUGCUCUCACAGGUUGGGUUGCACAGUUAUAUCUUUAUGCUAAUCAUUUUACAAAUAAUGAAAACCAGUUUUUAGAGGUCUUUCAGAAUUAAUUCCUGAGUUCUUGUUUUUUUUUUCUUUCAGUUUUUAGACGAUGGCAGGGCCAAGUUCACUGCAAAGACUAAAUAAGUAGCAAUUAACAAGCAUUACUAUUCAGUAUUACUGUAUCAGAAAGACUAUCUUGUCUAAGAAUUAUAGAUUAGUUAACACUUAAAUUUUAAUCAGAACCUUUAAUAUACACAGGAAUCUGCUAUUUAAACAAAUUUCUAAUUACGUUAACACUAAUGUGAAAUUAAAGAACAUUACACACACGGUAUUGUCAAUGACGGCCCUUUAAAUUACGCAUUAAUGCAUUGGUCUGUCAUUUUUGAAAAUACAUUGCUUUCUUGCCCAGAGUAAGAUGAGAAGAUGGAACCACUCGCUCAUGUGUACGCUAAAUAUGAGACAGGAAUUGUUUAGCUUAGCCUAGCACAAAGACUGGAAACAACUUCCAUGGCUCUGUUUAGUUUUGUACAUUUGCAGAUUUUCAGUAAUUGGGUAGAAAUAUCAGAAAUAUCCUUUAAGCCUUACUUGAUCAAAAUUCCAUUCAUAAUUUUAAAGACAACUGAACUUCAGUGUUCAACAGAUCUUUCUCUUGUUGUUCUCCAGCAAUCCACUUCUAAGUGUAUGCACUGUGUAUAAAAUACAUAAUCUGAUUCAAUUUCCUUCAUUAAAUGUCUCUGUCUUGAUGUUAAUGUUGAAUCAGUAGUCACAUUAAAUUUGAAAGUUAAAUUAAGUGUCUAAUGUCAAGGCCCGACUAGCUAAGAGCCUUUUCUAUUUGUACAUUUUAUAAACAGUUAAUUGUAUUGAAUAUGUAUACUGACACUAUUUACUCAUAUUGUGAUUUUCUUUGACAUACUUUGUAUCUUAAUACUACUGACUGAGUGUGAGCAGGCUUCGGUGCUGGUUGGUUUAACUGGUGAUGACAACUGUUUGAUGAUGAGUUACAAACACUCAAAAGCCACCAUUAUAAUCCUGUGUCACUUGUCCAAAAAAGUCCUUGCCCCUGUUACCAGUUUAAUGGUGAGGUCCCUUUGAGCAUCCACCAUUUUCAGAACAGCAGGUGAUAUAGUUGCAUUUAUGUCUUGCAAGAAUCACAUUGAUCAGUUAAAAACAGUGCCUCCUGCCAUGGUGAUUUACUGUUUCAUAUUUUGUUUGUUUUGUUUCAGUUCAUUUGGCAUUUUAUUUCAGGUAUUUUGGGAAUGUCUUAACGAGAAGGCACAAAUGUUCCAGUUUUUCCUAGUUCCUUUGAAUGUACCUUUAGUUAAAUAAAAUCACUUGUCUGAUUGAUUGACAGAAGUGGUUUAGUGGGUUUUCGUGGAUGUCUUGCAGCCAUUCAGUGUUUGGCAGAGAUGUAUGAGUGUUAUCAGCACCAAACCAACCCUGACAUCAGCCUGCUGUGUUCUGGCCUUAUAUCCUCUCUGGGGAGAAUCUUUAUUAAACUGAUUUUAUCAUUA